UAACGCGUUAGAGGAAGUCCCACCCCACAGCAUCCGAUGUCAUCACUGGCUGCUAACUUUCCAACUGCGGCGGUAAGUACGUAGCCCAUAAUCCACGCUACAAAGAGGUAUAGUUCCGGUGUUCAAGGAUGCUAACCAAGCUCAGAUGCUUACCAAUGAAGCUGCUCAGCCUUUAAAAAAGAGUUUCAAGAUUGGCCACAGCACUUCAAACCUCACAUCUUAGUACUCCAUGACGCAGACACUCGUCCUGUAUGAUACCCUCUCCAACCUACCAGGCAACAACUGGUCACCCAACCCCGCAAAGUCGAGGUUCAUUUUGAGCUACAAGGGUCUUCCAUUUGUGACUGUCUGGGUCGAAUACUCAGACAUCUCGAUCGCUAUGAAGGCCAUCGGUGCAAAGCCAAACAAACGUUCAGACGGCACGGAUGUUUACCCCGUCCCCGUCCUCAGCGACCCUAACACCGGUGCCCUCAUAACUGACUCCCUCGAGAUUGCCUCCUACCUCGAAAAGACAUAUCCCGAGAAGGCCAUUUUCCCCAACAACUCAGAAUCCUUCAUACGCGAGUUCGACUCCGCCCAUUCCAGACUCAUUAUACCUGCUAUAAAGUCUAUCUUCGCACGCUCCGCGGAAAUAUUGAGUCCCGCCAGUGCGAAAUUCUUCAUCGGAGUCCGUUCGAUAGAUGUCCCGCUACCUUGGGAUGCGACUUACGGUGAAGACUGGGCCUCACUAGAGAAGGGGUACAAUACUGCGUAUGAAUGGUACCAGAAGACAGACGGGAAGUGGUUCAUGGGCAACACUUUUUCGUAUGCAGACAUCAUCGUGGCUUGUCGUUUGCUGUGGUUCAAACGAGUUUUGAAGGAGGAUGAGUGGGUCAGGAUCAGUUCUUGGAAUGGAGGGAAAUGGGCCCAACUUCUUACAGAUGUGGAGAAGGAGUGCAAAUUGGCGUAGAAGAUUGCGCAUCCUAUAGCCUUUAUUUCAGAGAAAUUUAAAACAAUGAUAGGUUCCUUCAACAGGUCAAC